CCUGUGAACGGCUGUCUGCAGCGAUCUCCACCGGUGCACAGAGGAGGCCAGAGGCCAGCCCCGCCCCUGUUCCACCCGAUGUGGGGGCCCCAAUUCCUGUGUGGCAAAGCCCAAGCCCAGCCGGGCGCAAGUGGACGCGCUGGACAGGCUCUCCGUGGAGCAGGUCACUAGGCUGUUCGAGGAGCACAAGCGGUACUAUGGGGACAAGCACCACUGCCACCGCACCCUUCCCCCACCCUGUCCCCUCUGUGCCUGCGGAAGUCCUGCUGGCAGCGGGGAAGUACUGAAAUGGAAGUGUCUGCAGCCUCGCCACCCUCUGUUACCUGGAAAAGCCGAUGGAAGCAGUAUCGAGAAACGAUGGCUGCCUACCAAUUGGUGUUGACUUUCCUCUUCAUGAGCACUUUCUUUUCUCUACUCCUCAUCUUCCUCCUCUUCACUUCACUCUGGUCAAUCUCUGUUCUCUACCUGGUGUGGCUCUACCUGGACUGGGACACACCUAACCAAGGUGGAAGGCGUCAUGACUGGAUGAGGAAUUUCACACUGUGGAAGGACCUGAGGGAUUAUUAUCCUAUCAAGCUGGUGAAAACAGCAGAGCUGCCCCCCAACCAGAACUACGUGGUGGGCAGUCACCCACAUGGGGUCAUGUGCACCGGAGUUUUCUGUAAUCUCUCCACGGAGAGUAAUGGCUUCUCCAAGCAUUUCCCAGGGAUUCAGACCUGUCUAACUGGACUGAGUGGCCUCUUCUGCCUCCCAGUCUACCGAGACUACGCGAUGUGCUAUGGAAUGCGUCCUGUGAACCGCCAGAGCCUUGACUUUGUCCUGUCCCAGCCCCAGCGUGGACAGGCCGUGGUCAUUAUGAUAGGGGGUGCCCACGAGAUGCUAUAUGCGAGCCCAGGGCAGCACUGCCUCACGCUCCGGAAACGCAAAGGCUUUGUGCGCCUGGCGCUGAGGCACGGGGCCUCGCUGGUACCCAUAUACUCCUUUGGGGAGAAUGAUAUCUUCAGAAUCAAGGCUUUUCCUGAGGACUCCUGGCAGUUUCAGUGCCAGAUGCUCUUUAAGAAGCUCCUGGGUUUUCCACCUUUCAUCUUCUGGGGCCGCAGUCUGUUCUUGGCCAACUCCUGGGGGCUGCUGCCCUUUGCUGUGCCCAUAACCACCGUGGUGGGCCGCCCCAUCCCUGUGCCCCGGCGCCUCCACCCCACCACGGACGAAGUUGACCACUAUCACGCCGUCUACAUGAAGGCUCUGGAGCAGCUGUUUGAGGAGCACAAGGAAAGCUGUGGCGUCCCUGCUUCUACCCACCUCACUUUCCUCUAGGCCUGGUCUCAGCUGCUCGCUGAGCCCCCAAGCCCCUGACCCAGUGUGCUGGGACCUCCUCCUACUGCCACACUCCAUGCCUCCAAUCAAAGCAAGAUGGGGAAGCGAGCCUGUCAGGGCCUGAUCCACGCCCAUCCUGAUGUGCCACAGAGCCUCUGCCUUAGAUUGGACAGAGACUCAACUCUGCAUGUGGCAUGAUCUUGGACAAGCCCCUCCCCUUUGCCUCUCCUCUGGAUGUAA